ACAGUUGCGGAUCGUCGGCCAUUUUUUAAAAGAAAUAUUGUAUGGUUGAAGAUUGGAUUGUACAUUGUAGAUAAAAAUAGGCGUCUUAAUUUCUAUUAUUAGUGUUGUGCGUAUAUAAAUGUAAUUGUUCAUGUAUUUAGUAGCAUAACAAACGUUAAACAUGGUUGAAAAAUCUGAAGUAAAGGCAGAAUCUCUACUUAAUUUAGAUGACUUGUUACAAUGUCCUGUGUGCUAUGAAAUUCCAACGGGACAAAUUUUCCAAUGCAAUGAAGGACACCAUGUAUGCGGGCGUUGCAAAAUGCGUCUUGAUGUGUGUCCUGUCUGCAGAGCGUUAUUCUUUGGCACAAGAAAUUAUGCAAUGGAGGAAUUGAUAGCUAACUUUAGAAAAUUGAAAACUUUGAAAACUGGUGGUGCUGCUACUAGUGGAUCAUCUAAGAGUAGCACCCCAGCCAAGGAGAAUAAUUCAGAGCCUGAGGAUGAUAAUAUGAAUGAAGAAGAAGACAGUGAGACCACACCUGAGAGCCUGCCAGCCAGUACACCUCAAUCAAGCAAGGGACUGUUUCGUUGUCUUUGUUGUAAAAAUGGAAACUACGAAAGACUACCAGCUGCUCGCUUACUUAAUCACCUUCGGUACUACCACCGUCCUGAUUUGUUGGAGGGUCGGACUGAAAAUGGAGAAUAUUUACAAGCAUGGCAAAUUGCUACCACACCUGGCAGGCUUGUAACUGCAAUUCGUAUUGCUAAUAUGGGCAUAUUCUUUUUAAUUAUAGAAAUAUCUAGUGAUUCUGUUUUUGCUUGGCUAUCAAUGGCCGCUACACCAUGGGUUGCUCAUGCAUUUAAUUAUACUGUAACUAUAUGUGGCAAUGAUCGUGAAGCUAUUUUCUCCGAUUGUGUCUGGUCAGUUCGUUCCUGCGAAGGAUCAUUGAAAAAACGAGGGCAUUGUUUACUCGUGAAAGAUUUAGAUGCUCAAGCCUUAACCGCGCCGGCUCAUAUCAGCACAAAAUUAUGCAUUCGCCGUACUCCUGAGGAUCAAUUGGCCAACCAAUCACAACCGAGAGCCGUGCUCAGGAUUGCCAACCGUGUGAGCAAUGGUAAUAACAUCUCAAACAAUAUUCUUCAAAACAUUGACAACAAUAUAACGAGGUUGUCACAGUCUCUCGCCGUGAUCGAUCGCCAGAUUACUGCAGCCAUUGAGAACGAAAUGAAUGCUCCUUCAGCCCCCGCACGUAAUGCGGUAGCCGCACAGCCUACUUUGAAUAAUGGUAAUGUUGAGCAACAACCGACGUUGUCGCGUAACGCUCGCCGCCGCAUGCGUCAGCGUCUGAGGGCUGCGUUGAAUGGACCAGCCGGGGAACCAGCUGCGACGGCACCUUCGCCGCAUCAGGAAAGAAUCCAAGCUAUGGAGAGGCAAAUGCAGGAAAUACGUAACGCAUUUGAUGCGGGGGAUAUAAUCAGAAAUCUAAACGCACGUGCGCCUGUCCCUCCGCCUGGCAUGGUUCCCGUGCCCCCUCCGCGCUCCAGCUAUUUUACGCCUCCCCAACGCUCGAGCAACAACAAUUCUAACUCGUCGCGUGAACAGCAAAUAAUUGCCAUCGGGCCACUUAUAGUCAGUCAUGGCGACUCCUCCCAGGCGUCCAGCCCAGCGCUGGUUUCUGUUGCCCCUCCAGGGCCUUCAAAUGGUCAAGCUCAAAAUGGAAACGGUACACGCCCACAAAAGAAGAAACGCCGCCAUCGUAGAUAAGCCAAUUUUUUGUGUAAUAUUAUGUUCUAACAUUGUAUUGUUAUAUGUUAUAUCUGACGUCAUCUGGGGUUUCCAUCUGUUGUAAAUAUUAUGUUGUUUUUAUACACUGCAAUUUUAUUAGUACUAGUGCUGUGAUAAUAUCUUAAAUGAAAACAAGCCGGUGGAAAAAUGUUCUACUUAAAUAAUUCUUCAUAAACUUUCUCCCCAGGAUGUAUUAAAUAUUAAACAUGCAUUGUGAUAAAAUGCUUCAUAUUGAUUAUAAUAUUCAGUGAGAAUAUUAAUGUGAAU